AUUCAUACUAAGUUACAUAUAUUUAACUAUCUUUAGAACUCGAAAGAUGCUGUGUUUCAAAGCUGCUGUUUUUGUUAUUUUCUUAUCAUUGUUACCACUUGUGGCGCCGUCAGGUAACUUUAUUGCAUUUAAUGCAUAUCCAACCAGAUCACUACACCUGAACAUAGGUUCUACCGUCAACGUUGUUUACGAUGGUGUGUAUUACAACUAUGGAAACGCGUACAAUAGGUAUACUGGUGUCUUCACAGCGCCAUAUAACGGGCUUUACGUAUUUUCUUGGGCAAGUGUCGUGGCACCCAACAAGAUGUUUGACUCGGAAAUCCUUCUCAAUGGAGAAAGAAAAGGACUGGGAAACUGUAAUAAUCUUAAAGGUCAAGGAUAUGCAAACUGCUCCAGAACAUAUCCACUGGUUUUGAAAGCCGGAGAUAGAGUUAACAUCCGUACUGUUGGUGCAAACAACCUGAUUGCAUAUUGGUCCAGUUUUUCUGGAUGGAAACUCAUUCUACAGUCAGAGCCAGCUCCUAUUGGGGUCAUGGAUUCUACUAGAGAAAAACAGUUACAUGCUCAGCGAUUAUUAGAAUGGAAAAAAAGGGAGAGCGAAUUAGAACGAAUUCUUGAUGAAAAUAAAGAGCGAGAAUUAGAGCUUAGGAAAAGAAAUGCGAGAAGAGCUCAACUAGAAAAACAACGACAGCAACAGCAAAGGACAAGGGCGCAUGAGGGGUCAAAGUUACCUAUUCAUUCACCACCCAAACCCAAGGCCAUAUCCCAGUAUUAUCGAGUCAAAGUGAAUCAAAGGGUGCGCUCUAAAAAAUUUAAAGCUCAACAGGAUUUUUACACUGUAAUUUUUAAGGAGUUUCCAGAGGAAGAAAACAGAACAUUUGUUCGGCGAUUAUUCAGAGACAUGUUACAAACUUUCAAAUCGAAAAUGCAGUGUCCCAGGUAG